AUGGCGAGGCUGGCGUUCGCGGUGACACUGUGGAGGCUGGCGGCACCGACGACUUUGAUUCGCGACAGGAUAUUUUGGGGGAUGUCGGAGACGCCCAUAUGCGAGAUCUUCAACCUAACAAUCGAGGCAAUCUUCGAACGCUGGGGCGAUCUUGUGAAUGACUUGCAAGUAGACGCCAUCCUUCCCAAAAUCGAUUCGUUCUACGAGGCCAUUGCCGGCCGCGGAUCGCCUCUCACUAGGUGCUGGGGAUUCCCAGGUGAAUUAUUCGUAAGAUUUCUCGUCCUUAGCGAAAUCAGCGCAUUUGUUAUACCGGGUGGAAGCGUUCAUUCAACGAUGCGGCGGGCGCACCGUACUACAUUCUACGGAAACUCAGCAUACCAGGUAUCCCCAUGGCUGACGGCGCCAUACAAGGGCUUGUUGUCUGUUGCCGAGGUGGCAUUCAACAGGGCGAUAAGUAGAGUGAGGGUGACUGUCGAAUGGGGCUUCGGCCGGGUCGUGGCGUUGCGGCCUUUCGUCGACUACGCGAAGAAGCAGCAGGUGGCCCUCAGCGCAUGCGGUCUUGGAAAGCAGUACGCGGUGGCUGGUAUCCCUUGCCACUGCUGUUUCUACCCAAACUCGACAGCGAAAUUCUUUGGCCUUACCCCCCCCUUCCCUCCAAGAAUAUCUUUCGGGAGCGGGGUGAAAACGUGUGUCUAAUUUGCAUGGGACUGAUGCAGGAAUUAGCUACUG